AAUAGAAAUUAACACCCCUAAUUCUCCGAAUCGGUUUUUCAAAACCAAUUUUACUGGACCGUGAUAUCAGAAACCGGUUCACUGAGGUCGCGAGAUUUUUGCUGUCACUCUCGUUCUUCGAUGCUCAUCCAUUAGAGGAGCCGAUGUUUCUGCUUCCAUGGUAACGCUCUCGUCUCCAUCUCCGUCGCUCUCUUGCGUAGAGAACGUGACAUGUAAAUCUUCUCACGUUUCUCGGGUUCUAAUCUCCGGUACCGAUGAGAAUAAUCACGGUGAAUCGUCAGAGCCCAAGAUACUGAGAGAUGUUCAUAUCUCAGAAAGGUUGUUGGAGGAUUUCACUGAGCUUGCAAGAGAGAACACUGAGAAGGACCUCGAGACUUGUGGGACUCUCGCUGCUUUUCUUGAAAGAGGAAUUUUUUAUGUAACCACUCUGAUAAUACCUAAGCAAGAAUCUACUUCCAAUUCUUGUCAGGCUAUGAAUGAAGUGGAAGUGUUUUCCAUUCAAAAUGAAAGAGAACUCUAUCCCGUAGGGUGGAUUCAUACUCAUCCUUCUCAGGGUUGUUUCAUGUCAUCUGUAGAUUUGCAUACACAUUACUCGUAUCAGGUAAUGGUGCCAGAGGCUUUUGCAAUCGUCGUAGCUCCAACCGAUAGCUCUAAGAGUUACGGGAUAUUUAAGCUAACGGACCCUGGAGGAAUGGAGGUACUGAGAGGGUGCUCAGAGACUGGAUUCCACCCACACAAAGAACCAGAAGAUGGGAACCCGGUUUAUGAGCAUUGCUUAAACGUCUACAAGAACUCGAACCUUAGAACUUGGGACUUAUGCGUUAUCUGGAAACUCGGUGAUGAUCCUUCUAGGUUUAUUGAAUGGGUAGGAUGCUGCUGCAGUGGUUGUUAUAUUGAUAAGAACAUUAAGCUUGAAAACUCAGAAGAAGAAACUGAGAGAAGAAAGAAGGCUUCUUUCUGUAGAGAUGAACACAACAAGCAUCAUAUAAGAACCUUAGCUUGUGAAGCUCUUUCUCAUUUUCCUCUCUUCAUGCCUCUCUAUCCCGGGACUCAUGGAGAAGUAGUCAUGUCAAAAUCUCCCAAAUGGUUGGUUAAUUCAGGAUCUAAAAUGGAUAUGUUCAGCACUCGGGUUCUUGUUCCUGUGAGUGAUGGUCUCGUUGAGCUGUUCUCCUUUGAUAUGAAACCGUUUGAUGAAAGCAUGGUGCAUUUGAUCAUGUCGCGUUGUACCACCUUCUUUGAACCAUUCCCUGAGCAAAGGCUGCCAUUCAGGAUCAUUCCCCGAGCAGAGGAAUCUAUGAGUAGCGGUGUGAAUCUCAGCUUUGAGGGUGGCGGAUCAUCAAGUGUUUCCAAUCCCUCCAGUGAAACUCAGAAUCUUUUCGGCAGUUACACGAAUGCUCGUUGUGCAGAAAUUCUCAGGGAGGAACAAGCGCCAUGUUUGGUAAUGAACAAGGAAAAGGAUGUUGUAGUGCAAAAUGCCAACGAUUCCAAAGCUAAUAAGAGGCUUCCUGCGGAAAACUUCAAAUCAAAGAACCUUCAUUCAGAGAGGAAAAGAAGAGAUAGAAUUAAUCAGGCCAUGUAUGGUCUAAGAGCCGUAGUCCCUAAAAUCACAAAGUUGAACAAAAUUGGAAUAUUUAGUGAUGCGGUUGAUUACAUCAAUGAACUGCUGGCGGAGAAGCAGAAACUUGAAGAUGAGCUUAAAGGAAUCAACGAGAUGGAAUGCAAAGAAAUCGCUGCAGAGGAAGAAUCUGCAAUAGCUGAUCCAGAAGCUGAAAAAGUUUCCUCGAAAAUCAACAAGAAAGUGAAGAAAAACGAGGUGAAACUAGAAGUCCACGAGAUUGGUGAGCGAGAUUUCUUGAUUCGGGUUGUGCAGGAACAUAAACAAGAUGGAUUCAAGAGGUUGAUAGAAGCUGUAGAUUUAUGUGAACUUGAGAUCAUCGACGUUAAUUUCACCAGACUUGAUCUCACAGUCAUGACCAUUCUCAAUGUCAAGGCGAAAAAAGACGGGAUUACAUCUGGAAUUCUGAGAGAUUUGCUGCUCAAGAUGAUUAUAACUUCAAUAUGAAAGUCGGUAAAACAGAGUACAUAACUCAAAAAAAAAGGUCAAAUGUUUU